AUGGGUAUCUUAACUAAAGCCGAUAAGGAAAAGAUUAAAAGGGUCAUUCCCAAGGCUAAUAAUAAAAUCAUUGAUGCUACUGUGGCAAGAUUAUAUAUUGCUUACCCUGAUCCAACAGAGUGGAAAUAUACAGAAUUAUUAGGUGCUAUAGUUUUGGUAGAUGAUUUGGUGGGACAUACGUUUUUUUUGAAGUUGGUUGAUAUUUUGGGGCAUAGGGGUGUUUUAUGGGAUCAAGAAUUGUACAUUGACUUUGAAUACUAUCAGGAUAGAAAGUUUUUUCAUACGUUUGAAAUAGAGGAUUGUUUGGUGGGAUUAUUAUUCGAGGACACCAAUGACGCAUCCCACUUUUAUAAGCGUGUUACUGGACGCCAGAAGCACGGAUCAAAGCAAACAGUUAAUAACAAAAAUGCAAUUGCGUUAAAGGAGUCUAACCCAGCCUCCCUGGGGCAUAAUAUGCCAGGACCAAGGGGAGAAUAUAUGGAUGUUAAUACGGCUCAACGGUCCCGGAGAGCAAAAGGGGUCUUAUACUACGAUGAUGUUCCUCCGCCAGAAUGGAGAUCUUUAUACUCGGAGUUGGAGGCUGCAGGUAUCACAGAAGAUAUGAUUGCGGAUAACAGAGAUUUUAUUAAAAGUUACAUUGCGCAACAAGGAGGGCCUCUCGUUGGAUUAGAGCCUCCAAUUCCUCGAAAAUUACAUAAAAAGCAUGAAUUUGUACCUGAGCCUUCAACAAGGAUUUCGUCUUCUUCAUCUUUGAAGAACAAAAAGGCACCACCUCCGCCUCCGCCUCCGGCUAAAUCACCAGGUCCAUCAGCUAAUUCAUCAACUGAUAAUUUCAACUUUCAGACAGCAGGUGAAAGUUCUGCGCCUCCAGUUUCUGAUUACGCUUCCGCUACAGAUGCUUCGCAUAGUCCAUCACCAUCUCCUUCUCCUGCUGAAGAGGUAGAAUCGAAACCGAAAUUUAGGUUACCUCCAGCUACUGCGGUUGCACCACCAGUUCCCGGUUACUCCAUGUCGCAACCAAAUCAAUCGAAUCAAGGGCCUGGUAUGCAACCUCAACAACAGUUCACACAACCACCACCCCAGCAGUCACAUAAUGCUCCUCCAGCGCUUCCUCAAGGAGCAAGACCUGUGCCGCCACCUCCUCCAUCGAGAUCUAAUCAAACUUCCACAGCAGGUAUUCCUCCUCCUCCUCCAAGAGCAGGCACAGCACCUGUUGCUCCUCAAAGAACAGGUGCUCCACCACCGCCGCCACCACCAAGAGCUGCUAGAGCCAAUGCUCCUCCGGCUCCACCUCCAAGGGCUGCAAGAACUAAUGUUACUGGCCCACAAGGUCAACAGCCAGGAGCCUUUUCGCCUCAAACUGCGACCAAUCCACCUCCACUCCCACCUACACAUAAUCAGGCACCACCAUCUCGCCAAACCUCGACCUAUAACCAACGCCCACAGCAACCUAUACCUCCUGCUUCCACCGGGGCUUCUCAUCCUCCUCCACCUCCCCGUUUUCCACAGUCUACAGGUAGUGCUCCUCCACCGCCUCCUUUGCCACCUACUGCUACUGGUGGUGCUCCUCCACCACCACCUUUACCACCUACUGCUACUGGUGGUGCCCCUCCACCACCACCCUUACCACCGUCAAAUAUGGGUGAAACCGCACCAUUGCCAUCAGUCGAUCCUUCAAGAGAUGCACUUUUGGCAUCAAUUAGAGGUUCUGGGCUUGGAUCACUUAAAAAAACUGAUAAGUCUCAGCUUGAAAAGCCUAGUGUGUUAUUACUGGAAGCGAAAGGUGAAUCACCAAGUAUUCCAAGCUCCGCUGCACCUCCCGGAACUGGUCAACCGGCUAGUUUAGCAGAUGCAUUAGCUUCAGCACUUAAUAAAAGGAAAGACAAAGUUGCAGGAAGUGAUGACGAUGAUGAUGAUGAUGACUGGUGA